CAAAACUAUAUCAAUACGUAUCUGAAUUUGCCACCGUUAUCACAAUUUCUAGAAGCCCACCCACCACUGGUAUCAUCAGGCCUGCAAUCACUGCCAUAAAUCACUUGAUAAUCGUUCGCAUCGGUAAAAAUGGAGCUUGAAACACCGACAAAAGCUUACGUGGUGAGUUCAUUAAUGGCGGUGAAGCGAAAUUCCGGCAAAACUUUCGGUGAAAUAGCGGCGGAGACCGGGUUGACGAACGUGUACGUUGCGCAGCUGUUGAGGCGUCAAGCGCAACUGAAGCCGGAUACUGCCCCGAAACUCCGGGCAGCACUGCCCGGCUUGACCGAUACGCAUAUCCACCAGAUGAUGGAGCCUCCACUUAGAUCGUAUGAUCCGUCCAUUGUUCAAGACCCUACUGUCUACAGGUUGAAUGAAGCUGUUAUGCACUUUGGUGAAAGCAUUAAGGAGAUCAUCAAUGAAGAAUUUGGUGAUGGAAUAAUGUCAGCUAUAGACUUCUUCUGCUCUGUCGACAAAGUGAAAGGUAUGGACGGGAAGGAUCGUGUGGUGGUGACGUUUGACGGGAAGUAUUUGCCGCACACUGAACAUAAGGUGGAGCAUAUGGUUUCAAGAUUGAAUCUGAAGAAAGAUUGAAAUUUGGCUUGUUUCAACUCAAACCAUAGUUUUUUUUAUUCUGGUCAUGUCUGUUGAUCUUCACCAGAUGCUUUAUCUUUGCUUUUUAGAUGCUUGAUGUUGCACAUUUCAUGGUCAACUUGAUUGCUUUUAAUAUGUCUGGAUUUUACA